UGUUCUGGAAUGUUUGUGAGGGACAACCUCCAAAUAAUGGUUUGAUAAUUUAACAGGCUAAUCUAGGCGGGGCCUGCCUAGGAACACCUUCCAUCCUCUGAUUGCGCAGGUUGCUUUCUUGCCUUUUUUAGGGAAGGAAUAAGUUUACUUCCGUCACCACCAACAAAUCUAAGCUAUUGAUCAGGCAAGUGGCAUCUGUAUGCCACCAACAUGAAAGCUUUUAUGUUUGUUAUGCUUUGCCUUUUUGCUGCUUUUGAUCCUGUGAACUGCCAAGGAGUUAACAGGCGGCUUGAGCCAUGGCUACAAGGUGUAAUUGCCGUUACAGUCUUUUUGGUUUUGGCAAUGAUGACCUUUAUCAUCAACAAAUUAUGGUGCCAGGAUAAAGAUGAUUCCAAAGAAGAAGAUAAACAAGUGUCCUUCAUGAAUGGGAAUACUAAAGACUCCAUCAUUUCUAAUGGAAUGGAAGGAACAUAUUCACCAACUGCAGCAGACUUCAGGUGUGAAGAAGGCCUGCAUGUUUAUGAAAACGAAGUUGAGUUUCAGUGUGACACCAUGACUGAAUGUCAUACCGAAAAUCAUGUAGAAGAUCUUACCACAAAUAUGUAACAUCAUUUUGUUAUUUAUUAUUAUAUUUUAAAACCUCCCUAUAAUAUAGAUUCCUUACAAGAUAAGCCCACAUCAUUUAUUUGGUAUGAUUUUAAUCAAAUUAAUCAGUUUAUUCAAAAGCUAACUAAGUUGGGAAGCAUAUUAACAUUUUUGCAUUGGAUUUACUUGUCUAAGUUCUGCACAUAUUUAGGUAGAAUUAAUUGGCACAUAGUAUUCCCUCAUAUGUUUUUUCACCAAAGGGAACUCACUAACCUAUUUUUUUCUAUUUUAAUUUCCUUUUUGUAUAUCUUUGUACUUUAUAAUUUUUGCAAGUCUAGUGCCACAGAUGGUCCACAAGCUCAUUUUCAGGACCUCUGCAAAUCAGUGUUAUGUUCCUUUUUACCAAGGAAUUUCUUGGUUGAAAAUUAUUUUUCUUCAUGGUAAAAGAUUUUAUUUUUUCAAUCACCCUAUAGGAGCACAUGGAUAGUGUUAUUAAUAAAGGUGAAGGCAUGGUGGUAGUCUUCCAAUUGCUUUCAUUUUAUUUUUUUUAUUCUUGUUAUAGAGUCACCAUAAAAACAUCUUUUUGGAUGAGGCUGGAAUGAUUUCUGUAUACAAUUCUCAUACAUAAAUUUUCAGUUAUCCUUUUCUUAUCUGCAUUAAACAAAUUGAAAAACUCAUUACAUAUGAGCAUAUAUAAUUGGUUGUUACUUUUCUAAUAAAAUUUGUGAAUAAAAAAGGUG